UGGACGGCUGCAAGUUUGUCUCAGUCAUGGCCGAAACAACAGGAGAGGGACCGCCAGGAAGACCGUAUUUUAACAAAGAGAGAAUGAAAUACAGCCCGGAGCAGGAUGCCAGGCUGGAGAGGCAGCAUUUCUGGAGAAUAAUCGAUGCUUUUAGAUUUUACAGGGUCCAUGUCCAGGAGCAGGUCAAGCGUGCCGAGCGUCAGUUUUUGAGCCUCCCGCAGCGCCACCAGGAUUUGCUGCCAGAAGUAUUGUCCAAUCUGACCCGGAUCAGUCAGUGUGCGGACCACAACCAGGAGAUCCUGCAGGCUAUCGUACACAACAGCCUCCACAUGUUUGAGAACAUUGAAUAUGGCGAGAGGGAGGAUCCUCGGAAGGUUCGCCCAUCUACUACGUUUGACAUGGACAAGCUUAAGUCCACCAUAAAGCAGUUUGUCAGAGACUGGAGCGAGACGGGCCAGGCAGAGAGAGACACAUGCUACCAGCCCAUCAUCGACGAGAUCCAAAGACUAUUCCCAAAUGACCAAUAUGAUGUGUCUAAGGUGAGCGUGCUGAUUCCGGGUGCUGGGCUUGGCCGUCUAGCCUGGGAGAUAGCACGGCUGGGCUAUAUUUGCCAGGGCAACGAAUGGAGCUUCUUCAUGCUCUUCUCUUCAAAUUUUGUUCUCAAUAGGUGUGAAACGGUGAACUCUCUGACCCUGUACCCCUGGAUCCACCAGUUUAGCAACAACAAGAAAUCCUCCGACCAAACACGACCAAUCAUCUUCCCCGAUGUCAACCCUCAGAGCUUACCUCUAGAUGCAGACUUCUCCAUGGUAGCAGGGGACUUUGUGGAAGUCUACAGCGAACCAGAUUCCUGGGACUGUGUGGCUACCUGCUUCUUUAUCGACACAGCUCAUAAUGUCAUCGAGUACGUGGAGACUAUCUGGAAGAUUCUUAAACCUGGUGGAGUGUGGAUUAACCUGGGUCCACUGCUGUACCACUUUGAGAACAUGGCCAAUGAGCUGUCAGUUGAACUAAGCUACGAAGACAUUAGGACAGCGAUUGUUAACUUUGGCUUCCACUUAGAGGUGGAGAAACCGUCAGUUCAGACCACCUACACAGAGAACGACCGCUCAAUGUUGCGAUACGUUUACGACUGUGUCUUCUUUGUGGCACGCAAACCUGCAGACCUUUACUUUAACGGUCAAGACGAAGAAGGAGAAGAUGAGCAACAACAAAGUUCUCCACCGGCUGCAAAGUCACCACGGCGAGAAGGCACCGACAGCCUGACGUGACAGGAAAUGCUUUGACAAAAACAGUGAACUUAAAGGCGUUCAAGUAUUGACUGAGCGAAGAUUGGACUGACAAAAUGAAAAAAAGAAAAUGGACACAAAAAGAAAAAGAAUCAGUGGACAUACAUUUUCUUUUUUGUCAUUAUAUUUUUUAUGAUGCGUAUCAUGGAGAAAUGUGCUAAACUCCACCGGCCCUGUGUAAUGUGUAACACCAGGAAUAACAUCUAUUAAUAAUCUACAUCUCCUGCUGCCUGGGGUUUGAGAUGAUUUGAGAUUUAGUGGUUUGUGUGUCGGCUACAAGCCAUGAACAGUAUAUUUCUUUUAUCUGCGUCCUGCCUGCCAGACUGACUGUGGUCUUACAAAUUCUCAUCUCCACUGACCUUCACUGCCUGAGAGAGAGAGAGUGGGUGCGUGUUAGUGAUAGGACAGAGUGACGUGAACAUUAGCUUUUUUUUUUUUU